AUGUCCGAAGAAAUAGAGUUUCUAGGGCACGUUUUAAAUAAAGAUGGUUUAAAACCAAACCAAAAUAAAGUAGAAGCUAUACAAAGAUUUCCUAUUCCGAAAACAUUAAAGGAAAUAAGAGGUUUUUUAGGAUUAAUAGGUUAUUAUAGAAAAUUUAUUCCUAAUUUAAGUAAAAUUAUAAAGCCAUUAACUGAAGCUACUAAGAAAAAUGCGACUAUAGAUAUAACGAAUAAAAAGUAUAUAGAGGCGUUUGAGACAUGUAAACACUUAUUAACUAACGCACCGAUCUUAGCAUUUCCAGAUUUUAAUAAAACGUUCGUUAUUACAACCGAUGCUUCUGAUAUAGCAUUAGGCGCGAUUUUAAGCCAGGAUAAUCAUCCUAUAGCGUAUGCAUCUAGGACAUUAAGUAGUUGUGAACAAAAAUAUAAUACUACUGAAAAAGAAUUAUUAGGUAUUUUAUGGGCUGUAACUCAGUUUAGACCCUAUAUAUAUGGAAGAAAGUUUAUUUUAAGAACUGAUCAUAAAGCAUUAAUAUGGUUAUCUAAAUUAAAGGAACCGAAUCAGCGAUUAACACGUUGGAAAUUAAAAUUACAAGAUUAUGAUUAUACUAUUGAACAUGUAAAAGGUAAAGAAAAUUAUGUAGCAGAUGCAUUAAGUAGAAUAAAAUUGCAUCAUACUAGUGUAGAGUCAUUACAAGCACAAUGUGGUGAACAAAUGUCACUUGAUAGUACCCCACAUAGUGAUAACAAUUCAACGCAAUACGGUAGUGGUAUAGCGCAUUCUUCCCCCGAAAACAAUGAAUCGUUAAAUACAGUGCAUUCAUGUCAACAAGACAGCGAUGAAGGUAUUCCUAUUAGUAAUACUUAUCCACCUAAAAGGUUAAGACGUGUAGUGUUCGAAGUUGCACCUUAUAAGGACGCGCAACAUAAAAAGGGUAUGUAUUAUUUUUAUAUUCCACCUGAUAAUGAAGAAGAAAUAAUUAAAGAAUUUAUGUUAGAAUAUUUAAGUAAAAAGAAAUACGCAUUUAUUAUCCCUAAUGAUGAAUUAUAUUAUAAAGUUUCGGAAGUUUAUAGAAAGUAUUUCGAUCACAAUCAUGUUAAAGAAAUAUGUAAACAUUUAAAUAUUCAAUCAAAUAUUCGUACUAAACGUGGAUUAAUUAAUGGAUUAGGUUCAAUUAUUAAAUUAAUUACUGGAAAUUUAGAUGAUAAUGAUUUAAUUAAUAUUCAAAACAAUUUAGAGACUUUAAGAAUAGCUUAUAAUAAACAGAUUUCUGUUACUGAUAGUUCUUUAGAAGAAGAUAAUAAACAAAUUUUAAAUAUUACAAAUAUUCAGAUACAAAUAAAUAAUCAAUUAAAUAAUGUAUUAAAUAAUAAGGCGCAGCAAAAGGUUGCGAUCUCUUUAUUGUUACAAGCUCAAACUUUGCAAGAUAUAGCUGAAAGAUUAACAACUGCGAUUACUUUUGCAGAACACACACAUUCCAAAACAUCGACGUGUGGAGCAUCCCGUCGCGACCCCCCGCAGGAGCAGUAUAUAAACCGCGAGUUGGCGAGCAACAGUGUUCACAUCACCCCAGUUUCUAGUAAUAGA